AUGGCCACCACCGUCGUCACGUCGUCGUCGUCCUACAGCUCGUACCGCGACUCUCGCUCGCCUCUCCCCCUCCAGGUGCAGCACGCCAACCUCGCCAUCUCGUCGACCGUCUACGUCGGCAACCUGAGCUUCUUCACCACCGAGGAGCAGAUCUACGAGCUGUUCUCCAAGGUCGGCGAGAUCAAGCGUAUCAUCAUGGGCCUCGACCGCAACCUCAAGACGCCCUGCGGCUUCUGCUUCGUCGAGUUCUUCCUGCACGAGCACGCCGUCGCCUCGUUGCGGUACGUGUCGGGCACCAAGCUCGACGAGCGCAUCAUCCGCGCCGACCUCGACCCGGGCUACCUCGAGAACCGCCAGUACGGCCGCGGCAAGUCGGGUGGGCAGGUCCGCGACGAGUACCGCGAGGACUGGGACGCGGGCCGAGGCGGGUGGGGCCACCUCAAGAACCGCGAGGAGAUCGAGGCGCAGCGACAGCGCGAGGUCGACGAGACGUACGGCGAGAGCGGCGCCAACCGCGACGUGCCGACAGGAGAGCGCGUCCCGGACGAGAACCCUCGAUUCCGCGACGAGCGAGACGACUAG